AUGGCUUCCUCGACCUAUGGGUCGGCUUCGGCCGCAAAUCCAUCCUCUACCCAAGGAACUGGAAAUUUGAGAUCCGAAGCUGGCGCGCUUGUGCGACAAGUAAACCGUCUGUUGAACCGCCAACUCUCGUCCGUAUGCCAGAUCAACGGCGUUAAGAGCACUGGAAUCAAGGCCGAGUUACAGGGGCGCAUACACAACCUCAUCCAAGGAGCCGUCAACGCCAACGAUCUCGUGCGCCUGCGGCAAAUUCACCAGAGCGUCCAGAAUACUAUUUCCAACUCUCAAAGCGGAUCUUCACCUUCUCGAUCGAGUCUCCCACUAUCGCAUGGUCAUGGUCCGUCGACGCCAUUUGGUCUAUCCAGCAUGUCAUUCCCGAGUACACACGGCAGCCUGUCUAAUGGCCAGCGGUCCAGCACUGGUUUCGGGGGGUCACAAUCAUUGGUCAUCUCCUUCAAACCGAGCCCGUUUUACCAGAUCGAGGCGCAAGCUGGCGAUGUGAAGGCUUGCGAUGUUAUGCAAUCACAUCGUAACACAGUGACUUAUCCCAUAAGACUCGAAGACCAUCCCGCAUUACAGAAGUGCGUUAAUGACACUUCAUAUCGUGUGAUGGUGUUUUGCGCUGGAGAUUGUCUAGGUACGCAAGAGAUUGCAUUUCCUCAUCAGUCAGAGCUUAAGGUCAAUGGUGGUGAGAUCAAGGCCAAUUUGCGUGGUUUGAAGAACAAACCUGGCUCUACGAGACCGGUUGACAUCACUAAAGCGCUUCGGCUUCGUCCGAAAUAUACCAACAACGUUGAUUUUACAUAUGCGUUGACUUCCAAGGCAGGUCCCAGUCAAAAAUUCUAUCUCGUAGUCAACAUUUGCAAGACAACGUCAGUCGAAGACCUCGUGGAUCGCAUUGCUAAUGGGAAGAGGAUAUCGAUCGAAUCCGUGAAGCAAGAACUAAAUGCCAAAGCACAGGAUCCCGAUGUGGUUGCUACUUCUCAAGUGCUCUCUCUCAAGUGUCCGUUGUCGUACAUGCGCCUGUCUCUCCCAUGUCGCGGUCUUAGUUGCACACAUUUGCAAUGCUUUGAUGCUACGUCCUAUCUUCAACUCCAAGAGCAGGGCCCGCAGUGGCAGUGCCCCAUAUGUUACAAGUCCGCGACUUUUGAACAAUUGGCUGUCGAUGCGUAUGUUAAAGACAUCCUGACAAGGACAUCGAAAAGCCAAGAAACCGUUACUAUCGAACCCAAUGGUGAAUGGCACCUCAAGAAUUCCGAUGAUAGUAAUCAAGGGCAGACAAACGGCAACGCGUCUUAUCGCGAUAAGUACGAAGAUGACGAAGAUGAUGACUUGGUGAUAUCAGAGGUCAACCCUGUCAGUGCUCGCCGUAUAGAGACGCCCAAGAAUGCCACACCAAGCAUCAGUACGCCUAUCACAGCAGGUCGUGAUAGCUCUUCGGCGGGACCCAGGGGCAUAGCAUCUACCAGUUCCAAACGCCCAAUGGCCGCUAUCAUCGACUUGACACUCUCUGAUGAUGACGAUGAUGAUCCGCCUCCACCUCCCAAAAGGCAAAACACCUCAACGAACGGGUACACCAUGUCCAGUACAUCCCCGAUCUCGUCAAACGGAGUUGGGUAUCUGUAG